CCUGGUCAAUCUACAAUGACCAACCUCAGAAUUAUCUUCGCGGCAGGUUUGCUGCUAUUCGUGCGCGUGGGUUGGGGUCAACACUGGCGACCCAACAGAUAUUCUCUAGAAGAAAGUCCAUCUCAAGGUCGCGAGUUCAACAGAAGAAAUGUAGAUUCCUAUAGGCUACCAAACACAUCCAUACCAACAAGCUAUAUCCUAUACCUGGACAGCAACAUACAUCAAGGCGAAUUUGAGUUCAGCGGCAAUGUUCAAAUUCAGCUUACAAUUUUGGAAAGCACGAAACAAAUUGUCCUACACAGCUUUCGAUUGAACAUUCUGAGCGUACGAUUGCUAAAUUCUAAUCAAAUCCCUGUACCGGUAAACUUUGAGCUGGACAUCGAGAAACAAUUCCUCGUAAUCAAUGCGAUCCCUACGCUUCCAGCUGGAUCUAGUUAUCGACUAGUAAUAGACUUCUCCGGCACUCUUGCUGACGAUAUGCUAGGUUUCUACCGCUCCUCGUAUCGUGCAGAGGAUGGAUCCAUUCACCACUUGGCUGUUACCCAGUUCCAGGAUCAAUUCGCCCGGCGAGCAUUCCCAUGCUACGAUGAACCCGGAAUUCGAGCGACCUUCUCGAUAUCCAUUGUCAGUGGGGUAGGUUACAGAGCUACCUCCAAUAUGCCGGUUUCGGGAAUCACUAUUCAAUCCGUUGAUAAGAAACUCACUACCUUCCACGUAACACCUCGUAUGCCAACCUACUUGGUGGCGUUUAUGGUGUCUGAUUUGCGCAGCCAACGAAUCCAAGUUAAGGAACCUACGCCACUUGUAAUGGAAAUCUACGCUAGACCAUCGGCUUACUCAGAGACGGAUCUAGGCCUUCGCAAAGGAUUACAGGCUAUAAGAGCUUUGGAGGAGUACGUGAACCAGCCGUAUACGCUGCCAAAGUUGGAUCAAGUAGCAUUACCGGAUUUCCGCUUCGGAGCCAUGGAAAACUGGGGCUUGGUAACCUAUGUCGAGAAAUAUUUGCUGUACAACGACAAAACAAGUAGUAAUUUGGAAAAGUAUGGCGCCAUUACUAUUGUAGCCCACGAGUUAGCUCAUCAGUUUUUCGGCAACCUCGUGACACCCAAAUGGUGGACGUAUGUGUUUCUCAGUGAAGGUUUUGCAACAUUGUACGAAUAUCUCAUCGGUGCGCUGAUCGAGCCAAGCAUACGGUUUGAGGAAAAUUUUGUCGUAGAAGCUUUGCAACUUGCUCUCUAUGUGGACGCUAUGCCCAUGAGUCCGCCGUUAGCUUGGGAUGGAGAUAUGGAGCCAAUAUUCACGGCUAUCAAAUACCAAAAGGGAGCAAGUGUGUUUAGAAUGAUUAAACAAGCUUUAGGAGAGGGAACGUUUCAAAACGGAAUUCGUAGAUACAUCGCAACCAAUCAGGGUAGCUCUGUGGAUGAUCACGAUCUCUAUGAAGCUCUCCAUUGGGCUGCUUCGGAGGACGCAAAAAUUCCUUUGAGCACUACUGUGGCGGAAAUAAUGAGUCCCUGGAUCCAUCAGUCUGGUUCGGUUGUUACUGUAGACCGCUAUGAAGGUACCGAUCAAGUGAUUUUCAAGCAACAGCAUUUCAGUCCUACUGGAAUACCUGAUCUUACGAAAUCCUGGUGGAUCCCAAUCAGCUUAAGGAUCAGUACUGAUGAUACCGAAACAGUGUUCUGGAUGCCCUCGGGAACUUCGGAGGUGUUGUACAAAUUGGACAUUCCCGCUGAUGCCUAUCUAUUAGUCAAUCCUCAUCAAACAGGAUUCUAUCGGGUUAAUUAUGAACCCGAACUGUGGCGCAGGCUGAUUCUGCAGCUGUCAUCUGACCAUCUCGUAAUAUCUCCAGUUUCCAGGGCACAGCUCAUCGACGAUUCCAUGAAACUUUCUUUCGCUGGCUUAUUGGACGUCGCUACCUGUUUUGAGCUUCUUAAAUACCUAGAAAACGAAAUCGAUUUUAUGCCAUGGUAUACAGUAUUUUCGUACGAUAACUUCCAGUUCAUCAACAAAGCAUUGGUUGUGAACCAACCAGCCUACAGCUCCCUAAUGUAUUUCAUGAACGUCAUGAGCACCACUCUCAUUUCAACUUUGGGAUUUGAAGACCAACAGGAUGAGCCCCACGAGUAUCAGCAACUGCGAUCGAUGGCCAUCGAAUGGAACUGCCGAAUGGGUUCACCGGGAUGCCGCCUUGUCAGCCGCAUGACGAUGAAUUCUCAUCUGGCACGUGACAUUGAGCUUCCGAAAUAUAUCAGGCACAGCAUCUACUGUGGCGGUUUGAUGGAGGCUGACGAGGAAGAGUUCGUUGCCGUAUUCCAAGCGUAUCAAGCCUCGGAUGAUCUGGAUGAAAGAUCGAUGUACAUUUCUGCCUUAGGUUGCAACGAAAAUCAGCAAUUCUUGAUCGACUAUCUUAUUCUAACCUUGGGCACCGGUCAGGAGAUAAGGCUGCGAACUGGCGAAUGGUUGAAGAUUAUUAAUUCCGUUUACUCUCGCAACUAUCACGGGUUCGCAGCAUUCAAGACAUGGCAAGGCCAGUUCGCUGAACCCAUUGCUUCUACACUUGCAAAUCGUCCGGAAUAUCAAGCAGUGCUGGCCGAUAUAAGCGCACGUGAAACUAACUUUGCUAAUUUUGCACAGCUUGUCAACCUCCUGUCAUCAUUUCUUCAACAAAACAAUCAAUGUGGAGAUCAUUGCAUAGAAAUGUUAUUACGGUUUGCUCUGCUGACCCUCGUAGGGGUCAGCCUUUCGUUGGCCAGUCCGGUGGCCAAAAAUGCUCGCGCGUUCGAUUCCUAUCGGUUACCCAAUACGACGGUUCCGACUCACUACGAGCUGUAUCUUGACACGGAUGUGCAUCGCGGCGAGUUUGCGUACACCGGAAACGUUCGGAUCAAUAUUCGUAUUCUGGAGCCUACCCACCAGAUCGUUCUACACAGUGCCGAGAGUGUGAUUACCCGAUUGGAGCUGCGCAACUCCAACCAGCUUCCGGUACCUCUGGAGGAGUUUGAAUUUGAUUUGGAGAAAGAGUUUCUAGUAGUCAACAGUGAGCUGCUGCUGCCUGCUGGAAGCAGUUACGUAUUGGAUAUCGAUUUCACCAACACCUUGGAACGUGAGGAUCCAGUCGGUUUCUAUAAAUCAUCUUAUCAGAACGAAGCCGGGGAAACAAAAUACCUGGCUCUGACACAAUUUGAGCCGGUCGAUGCCAGAAGAGCGUUCCCGUGCUUCGACGAACCGGGAAUUAAGACAACCUUCAACGUUCGAGUCGCCUGUGGAAUCGAAUACCAUGCUAGAGCAAACGCGCCUCUUCUGGGAGUGACUAUUUUAUCGGAAGAAAAGAAGGUUCAUUUCUUCCAAACAACCCCUCGUAUGCAGACAUAUUUAGUCGCUUUCCUGGUGUCGGAUUUCGUGAUCGAACGGCAUAUUGUUUCCUCUCCACGGCAGGUAGCCGUAUCUUCCCUGGCGAGGCCAACGGCCAAGAAUGAACUUUCGUAUUCCGUCGAUGCGUCGGUUAGGUUCUUGCGUGAGUUGGAAAUCUACUUCGACCAAAGCUACGCCAUGUCAAAGAUAGAUAACGUGGCAAUCAACAACAAUGAUUUUUGGGCCGGAGCUAUGGAAAAUUGGGGCCUUGUGACCUACCGGGAAUCGACGAUCCUAUUCAAUGAAGCUACCCAAGGCGAUAGCCAGAGACUCAAUGUGAUUGGAAUUGUUGGACAUGAAUUCACCCAUCAGUUCUUCGGUAACCUUUUGGCACCCAAAUGGUGGUCGUACUUGUGGCUCAAUGAAGGCUUUGCCAGGCUAUACCAGUACUACGUUUCUCAGUUUAGCCAUGAGGAGUUUAACAUGCGGGAUCGAUUUGUCAACAGUUUUCAGAGGGCAUUGUUAGCUGAUGCCUCGGCCACUGUACGCCCGAUGACUUAUUAUGCAGAAACUCCUUCGGAAAUAUCAAAGUUGUUUGAUAAUAUUGCCUAUGAUAAAUCUGCCAGCGUUCUGCGGAUGUUGAACUAUGCCGUAACAGAGAGAACUUUCCAAAAGGGAUUGCGAUAUUACAUUCAACAAAACAAAGACGUCGGUGUUGUGUUCGAUGAAAACCUGUUCAACAGCCUUCAACAGGCUGUAGAAGAGGACGGCCGACUGCCGACGACCAUGACAAUGCAUGAAGUUUUCGGUUCUUGGUCGAAUCAACCGGGAGCACCAGAGGUUACAGUUAGGCGCAUUGGUCAAACCAACGAGUAUGUUUUCACACAGGAAAGGUUUUACAGCAACCCACCGGAGAACCCCUCACCUCAAUCUUGGUGGAUCCCUAUCUCGUUCCACACAUCCAACAACGAACCGGACACGACUGCCGUAUUCUGGAUGCCACCGGAUGUCUCACAAGUAACCUACACCAUCGAUGCAACAGUGGAUGAAACCGUGAUCUUCAAUCCCCGCACUACAGCAUACUACAGAUUAAACUAUGAUGCUCAACUCUGGGAAGAGAUCAUCUUCAAUCUGUACGAAAAUGCCAACAUGUACGAUCGACUAGCACGUGCCCAGUUCGUUGACGACUCCCUGAAUCUUGCUCAUGCCGGAAAACUGGACUACUACACUGCCUUUAAGGUAUUCGACUACUUACAAGGUGAAACGGAUUACAUACCCUGGUCAUCGGCUGACCUGAAUCUAAGGUUCCUCAAGAGAAUGCUUCAACACGACCCACAAGCAUUAGCUAACCUUGAGAAGUACGCCUCUUAUCUAGCUGCCAACCUCCUUGUGGAAUACGGCUACAGCCAAGAACCCUACGAAUCGGCAGACACUAGUGAUGCUCGUUUGAUCGGUCUGCGUUGGGCUUGUUCAAACGAUGAACAAUGUCAGCUUGAAGCCGACAAGGUCCGAAAGCGAUCCUCUCUCACUGUUCAAUCUCCGACCGAACAGAUUGUACUGUGCAAUCAGCUGCAAAAGGCAAACCCUCAGCAACUGCAACCGUUCAUACAUGAGGCAAAAAUGACGAAAGAUCACACCUCGCGGCAAUAUCUAUUGGAAGCAAUCGCGUGCUCUUCCAACAAAGAUUCGAUCGAUGAUUUCGUACAGCUUUUGAAGACGAAAGAUUUCGGAACCGGUGAUAAGCUGCAGGCAAUCACCUCGAUCUACAAGAAUUCGUUUGCCGGUUUGGGAGCAAUCAUCGAAAAUUUCAGCGCUUCCACCGAUAUCGGUAAAGAAUUCCAUAUAAGCCAACGCAACCUGGACAAACUGCUGGAGGACUUAGCCGAUUACGCGGUUGAACCCGAGCUGGCAAGUCAGUUGAAGACCAUCGUGCGAAAGGUGGCACCCAGCAUGAUCGAAUCUGUGGAACACAAACUCAACUACAACAAGGAAUGGACUCGAAGAAACGCUGCCUCCGUCGCCAGAAUGCUGGAGCUUCCGAAAGAGGUGAACUUCUCCGGAUGAAUUGGUCCAUUGGAGAAUUUGUGGAAAAUAAACCGCUUUAUGAAGUAUUUUUGCAAAAAA